AUGGGUCUCUUAGUGACCACAGGCAAACUAAAAGUAGAACUGACACGGUGCCUUGGAGUUGAACAACUGGGUACAUCAACGGAAAUUAAGGUAAUUAUGAUGAAGAUUCUGAUCAGAAAAUUCUCCUGCUACCUGGCAAUGUCCAAUCUAGAAUCCAGCCUGGAUUCUCUUGAUUCUCUGCAAAGUCCCAAUAGGAACCAACUGGUGUGGAGGUUUGAAAUGAAUGUGUGGACUGAGCGACAGUUAUUUCAGAUUUCAGACAGUCAUUUCAACACUGGUGUUGCUGAUGUUGUUAAAAUGACACAGGUUGCCACCACACCUUUGGGCAGGAUCGGCUUUGCCAUCGCCCGCCGUCUGGCCCAGGAAGGGGCCCACGUAGUCAUCAGCAGCCGGAAGCAGCAGAACGUGGACCAAGCUGUGGCCAUGCUGAAGGAGGAGGGGCUGAGUGUGACGGGCACCGUGUGCCAUGUGGGGAAGGCUAAGGAUCGAGAACAUCUGGUGGCCACGGCACUGGAGCAUUCUGGGGGUGUUGACUUCCUGGUGUGUGUUGCAGGGGUUAACCCCUUGGUGGGGAGCACUCUGGGAUCUAGUGAGCAGAUUUGGGACAAGAUCCUGGAUGUGAAUGUGAAGGCUCCAGCCAUGCUGCUGAGCCAGCUGCUGCCUCACAUGGAGAACAGGAGGGGGAGCUCCGUGGUUCUGGUCUCAUCUAUGGUGGCUUAUUUGCCUAUACCAGCACUGGGAGUCUACAACACUAGCAAGACUGCCCUGUUAGGUCUGUGCAAGUCACUGGCUGUGGAGCUGGCACCGAAAGGCAUCCGAGUGAACUGUAUAGUGCCAGGAAUCAUCAAUACUGACUUUAGCCAAGUGUGGGGUCAUCCUCCUGCAAAGACAUCGGUCAAUCCUCCACCUAACAUUGACACUAAAAUCUUUCAGCGGAAGUCAUUGACCCACAUCCAACCUGCCAUAAAGGAUAUCUAUGGAUUGCUGCGGAUUGGGGAGCCAGAAGAAUGUGCAGGGAUCGUGUCCUUCCUGUGCUCUUCAGAUGCCAGCUUCAUCACUGGAGAGAACAUUGCAGUGGCGGGCUUCUCUCCUAAACUAUGA